UCCUCUGUAUUCCCAGGACUGUCCAGAGGAGAAGGUCCCAGAGAACCCUCAGAUGACAAAUCCGGGAGAAGAUCUGAUUAUUAUAAAAGUGGAGGAUGAAGAAGAGUGGACGAUGGGUGAUCCCCCGUGUAAGAGUGAGGUGGAGGAGGACAUUCCAGGAGAUGUCACCACAGAAAAUACCAAUACAAAUUCUGAGGGAAUAUCACUAGAGCAUCAAGAUAUGCUGCGCCCUUCUGGAGGAAACCUACAUUCAGGAGUUCACAGUAAAGAUCUAUCUUAUAAUCCCCCUAAUCAUGAGGAACCAUCUCCUGAUCAAUCACAGAUUGUUACCACAUAUACAGGGGGUAAAAAGAUACACCGUGGUAAAGAGUUCACAAAAAGAGGAAUUCACACAGGAGAGAAGCCCUACUCCUGUUCACAAUGUGGGAAGUGCUUUUCGCAUAAAUCAAAUCUUUUUAGACAUGAAAGAAGUCACACAGGAGAGAAGCCGUUUUCAUGUUCAGGAUGUGGGAAAUGCUUUACAAGUAAAUCACAUCUUAUUACACACGAGAGAAGUCACACAGGAGAGAAACCGUAUUCAUGUUCAGAAUGUGGGAAAUGUUUUACACAAAAAUCUCAUCUUGUUACACAUGAGAGAAGUCACACUGGAGAGAAGCCAUAUUCAUGUUCAGAAUGUGGGAAAUGUUUUGCAGAUAAAUCACAUCUUGUAACACAUGAGAGAAUUCACACAGGAGAGAAGCUGUAUUCCUGUUCAGAUUGUGGUAAAGGUUUUACAGAUAAAUCAAGUCUUGUUAGACAUAAGAGAAUUCACACAGGAGAGAAGCCGUAUUCAUGUUUAGAAUGUGGGAGGUGCUUUUCAGAUAAAUCAAGUCUUGUUAAACAUGAAAGAAGUCACACAGGAGAGAAACCAUAUCCAUGUUUAGAAUGUGGGAAAUGUUUUACACAAAAAUCACAUCUUGUUAUACAUGAGAGAAGUCACACAGGAGAGAAGCCAUAUUCAUGUUCUCAAUGUGGGAAGCGCUUUUCAGAUAAAACAAAUCGUAUGCUACAUGAAAAACGUCACAUGGAAGAGAAAAAUGUUCCCGUAUUUUAACAUAUGAAGUUAUUCAUGGAUGUUACAUAGCUAAUUAAAAGGUUUCCUUUUUUUGGUGGAAUUAUCCUAGAUCUUCCAAAUGACCAAAUUACAUUUCUCUGAAGUCACCUGUGACUGAGAUCCAUGGAGGAAAAGUCAUCAUUGUCACUACUAGAUGUUUGCUUUUUCAUAAACUUUCUCCUAGCGCUGUGACCUUCAUUGCUCUUACAGACUAACCCUCCUGUGUGGAGACAGUGAUAUUGGUGGCAUGAUGACUAUAUCACUGAUUUAUCUGACCGGGUGAUCUGUGAUAAUUAACUCUAUAUGUACAAUCCUGCAGUUUAAUGGUAAGCCUAUCUAGAUACUGGAGCUGAGUGAUAUAUCUGUAGUGGGAAUCGUUGUGAUGUCACAUCUGUUAAUUAACCCCUGAAUAAUGCCAACAUGAAUUCAGUGCCCAAGUGAUGCUCAUAUAUGUUGUGGGAGUUAGCUUUACAAAUGGUAGGCUGUUUGCAGGAUUGGAUGCAACAUAAGGGUUUUAUUAGAGAAACAACAACAAAAAUUGUUCGAACAGGAUGGCGUGGCCUCAGCCCAUCAAAGUUCAGUCACAUAAAGCACUUAUCUUCAGCCCUCAUGUGUCAUAUAACAGUUCAUUUUUAAACAGGCAGAAAUACAGGAGUCACCUUUGUGCAGAGUCUUGCCUCUUUCCUUCUCUGGAACACUGUGGAGAGGAAUGCUCCCAAGUCCUCUCCAGACCAACACACACAGACAGUGUGUCUUUUAAAUUAGCUUCCAGCUGGGUGAUGUGGUAACACACGAAAUGGAGUAUGGGAGUGACCUUCCCACCCAAACUCUUCAGGCACUCCUAAAUCCCGGACCCAAAUUCCAGCUUCCACAAACUCAGCAAUCUAACAUCACUGGUUGCUACUUACCUCCGGGAUUUACAUCACUGAGAGCAGCAGCCUCAGUGACACAUACUUGCCAUCAAUAACCUCGCCCCUUGGAUGCUUACAAUGUGUUUAUUUUUUCCAGUUUUGUUGUUUGUAUUUUUAAUUGUUAACAAAGGGGGAAGGGAUACACUGGUAACAGAAGAGGUCCAUUUUGUAUGAACCAAAAAUAGAAUCCAGUACAACUUAACAAUAUUCUGAGUAAUAAACACAGUGUCUCU